AUGUGGCCAAUAAAAUUGAUGAAAACUUACUGUACGGUGGCCCAGGGAAGCCGAACCGCAACUGCACCUCACAUACCGGUCUUGUGUCAAGAGGCUAUUAAUUUUUUAAAUCCCUCGCAACAACAAACUUUCAUAGAUAUGACUUUUGGAGCUGGUGGUCAUACACGAGAGUUACUAAACAGUCAUAAGGAUAUUAAGGUAUAUGCUUUGGAUCGUGAUCCAGUAGCGUAUGAUCUUGCAAAGUGCAUGAGUAGUGAAUAUGAAGGACGCCUCGUACCAAUGUUGGGUAAAUUUUCCGAUCUACCCCAGCUUUUAGACGAACACAAUGUAAAACCGCACAGUGUAGAUGGUAUGCUAUUCGAUUUUGGUUGCUCCUCAAUGCAAUUCGAUGAAGCCGAACGAGGAUUUUCCAUUUCAAAAAAUGGUCCCCUUGAUAUGCGUAUGGAUCGUGGCCAUAAUAAUAAUGCCGAACAAAUAACCGCUGCCGAUGUUUUGGCCAAAGUCGAGGAAACAGAUUUGGUUAAAAUUUUGCGUAUAUAUGGUGAGGAAAAGGGUGCCAAAAAGAUUGCUCGAGCCAUUGUUGAAGCACGCACGGCAUUUCACAAGAUCGAAACCACCAAACAGUUGGCUGAUUUAGUAGCCUCAUGCCUCAGUGACACACCCUAUCGCAUGGAUAAAAUGCAACGCCCCACCCAUGUGGCCACCAAAACUUUUCAAGCUCUGCGUAUUUUUGUUAAUAACGAGUUAAAUGAAAUCAACUAUGGCAUGAUCUUGGCCAAUGAAUAUUUAAAACCCGAGGGACGUUUGGUUGCCAUUACAUUUCACUCCCUCGAAGAUACCAUCGUAAAACGGCAUCUAAAUGGCAAUGUCAUCGAAGGCUUGGCCAAUCCAGUACCACUAAAAUAUUGUGGUCAUGAUGUUACACACGACAAGGAAUUGGUGGAAUCAUUUGUAUCAUCAAAUUGGAAACAAUUGAACAAACAUGUUUUGGUACCCAGUUACGAGGAGGUAACACGUAACAGUCGCAGUCGUUCAGCCAAACUAAGAGCUGCCAUUAAAUUGAAAUAACUUUUUGGAAUAGAAGUUUAAGUUCGAAAAUAUGUGGAAAUGAAGAAAGCAUGAUAAUUGUGUUGAGAGUUACAUUUUGCUUAGUUUAUAAGUUUAAGUUGUAUAUUUUAAGAUGCUAGUGAAAUAAAUCUGUUGUUUAUAAAAACA